CUGGCUGGGCAUUUGGAGGCGGAGGAGGGUGAUGGCAGUCGGGAGGCAGGACGCUGAGUUCAAGAGAAGGCGCUGGGCUGUCAGGAGCGGCUAUGAGGCGGAGGAGGAAGGGGGCGAAGAGGGCCUAUCGCUGCUGUCGCUAAGCCACUUCUCCCGGCCGCCCUUCGUCUGCUUCGGGAGCGUCCGAGUGGGAGCGGCGCGGGCCCGGCUCCUGGCCCUGGAGAACCCCAACGCUGAGCCCCUCAGCGUGGCCCUGGACCGGCCCCCGCCCGCCUCGAAGGGCUUCGCCGUGGAGGCGCCGGGCUUCCCGCUCUUCCUCCAACCUGGAGAGAGAAUAUUGAUUUCAGUAACAUGGACACCUCUGGAAGGUGGCAAAAUUCGGGAGCUUGUAACUUUUAUUGUAAAUGGUGUUGUCAAACAUCAAGCAGUUCUUCUGGGCACUGCUGAGCAACCAGUUAAGAAAAAGAGGAGUCUCUGGGAUAGUAUUAAAAAGGGAACACCAGUGCAGCAGUCACGUUGCAGGAAAAGAGCACCCGUUAUUAAAAAUGUUAAUAUAACAUUUCACAAGUCUGAAAAAGGAGAUGGUGAGAGAAGUCCACUUCAGUCCUGUGAGAACCUAGAAGUGAACAAAGUCAACACACCACCUAAUAAGGAUUCCUUUAUUCUUUUGGAAAACAGUCUCUCUCUCUCCCCAAUUAAUCCUGUCCUGCAAGAAAACCAGCAUGCCACUUAUACUCCUUUCUCAAUGAGAAGAUCAACUACACAUUCUGUUAUUGGUACAGCAUCGUGUGACAAUUUACUAAAGGAUGUAAAAGAAACAUGUACUGUUGUCUCAUUUCGUGAUUAUGCUGUGGAAACUAAAUGGAAAGGUCCAGAUAAUAUUAGCUCAGCAGAAGAACAAUAUUCUAAUGCACAGUCAGUUUGCACUCCAGAACAAAGACUGUACAUUCCUUUAAAUCACAGGAGGAUUUUAAGCCCUGAUUCCUUUGUAAGCUCUGAAUUUACUGAAGAACUGGGUAUGAGGAAAAUUAUUUCACCUGAUCAGUUUUUAAAAGAAAAUCAAGUAGUUAUUCAGCCACAUAAAUCUAUGCCCCCUUCAUCAGAUGUCAAGUCUUGUAUGUCAAGUCCAGAUUAUCCAAUACAGAAAGGAAAGACACAGGCAGUAUUUUUACCUGGGCUUAGUGAUAGAAAGGACAGAAUGUGUGCCACAUUUCAGGAAAACCAAAUUGCCACCAAGUUGAGAGAAACAGAAAAAGAUCAAUCUUCUUGUCUCCAGAAAGAACGGCCUAAAAGAAAGCCAAUACUUUCCACUACUGUUACCAAAUGUAAGGCAGAUCCGGCCAAGAGAAAAGAAGCAGAGGCACAGCUGAAUCCAAAAUCUAGACGAUGUCUUUCUAAUGCACUACAGACAUCGGUGGAUAUUGUUCCAGAAAACGUGAAACUGGAAAUAUUACCAAGGCCUCCUGUUAUAGAGCCCCAUGGCCGUAAAAGAAAAAGUGGAGAGUAUUUAACAGACAGUAAUAAUGAAAAUGAAGCAUAUGGGGAUGAAGAUGAAAGAAAAAGAGUCAUGAUGGCUUGUGUAGAAAAUGAAAACCAGGCCGCUUUGCAAACAUCAGUUUGCAAAUCCGUGAACAGAGAUAAACAACGGAAGAAGAGAACUGAUUCCUUAACUCAAAAAUUCAGGACUACGAGAAGAACUAGAAAAGUAGUUCCUAUUGCACAACCUCAGCUGAUCUUUGUGAAACCUUUAAAAACAGAUACUCCUAGGCAUCCAAUGCCUUUUGCGGCGAAGAACAUGUUUUUUGAUGAACGCUGGAAAGAGAAACAGCAACGAGGGUUUACUUGGUGGCUGAAUUUUAUACUUACUCCUGAUGACUUUACUGUUAAAACAGACAUUUCACAAGUCAAUGCAGCAUCUCUCACAUUGGGAACAGAGUGUAAUCAUAAAUCCAGUGUUCCUAAAGCACCAACAAAAGAGGAAGCAUCCCUAAGAGCCUAUACUGCCCGGUGCAAAUUAAAUAGACUUCGUAGGUCAGCUUGUCGCUUGUUUACCUGUGAUGCGAUGGUGAAAGCAAUAAAAAGACUGGAAAUUGAAAUUGAAGCAAAACGCUUGCUGGUUCGAAAGGACAGACAUCUGUGGAAGGAUAUUGGAGAACGGCAGAAAAUCCUCAAUUGGCUUUUAUGCUACAACCCACUAUGGCUACGUAUCGGCCUGGAAACUAUUUAUGGUGAACUGAUUGCUUUGGAAAGUAAUAGUGAUGUAAUGGGUUUGGCAAUGUUUAUACUCAAUCGCUUGUUGUGGAAUCCAGACAUUGCCGCUGAAUACAGGCACCCAACUGUGCCUCACCUUUAUAGAGAGGGUCAUGAAGAAGCAUUGUCCAGAUUUACUCUGAAAAAAAUGCUGCUACUUGUUUGCUUUCUUGAUCAUGCCAAAAGGUCUCGAAUUAUUGAUCAUGAUCCUUGCCUCUUCUGCAAAAAUGCAGAAUUCAAGGCUAGCAAAGAGAUGUUGCUUGCAUUUUCCAGAGAUUUUCUAAGUGGAGAAGGUGACCUUUCUCGCCAUCUGGGAUUUCUGGGUUUAGCAGUCAGCCAUGUACAAACUCCACUGGAUGAAUUUGACUUCGCUGUAACAAAUAUUGCCACAGAUUUGCAAUGUGGCAUUCGUCUUGUGAGAGUGUUGGAACUUCUGUCAUCAGACUGGAGUCUUUCCAAAAAAUUAAGAAUUCCGGCAAUAAGCAGACAUCAGAAACUCUAUAAUGUAAACCUUGUUCUUCAAGUAUUAAAAGAUCGUGGGAUUAAUCUGAAUGAUGAAUAUGGUGUAACAAUUGAUGCAAAGGAUAUCGUGGGUCGGCAUAGAGAGAAAACAUUUGCUUUACUCUGGAAAAUAGUAUUUGCUUUUCAGGUGAAUGUUUCCCUUGACAAGGAUCAAGUAAAAGAAGAAAUCAAUUUCUUAAAGAACUUGUAUAUCUCAAAAAUAAAGACAGCAUCUGGAGAGUUUUCUGUUUGUAAUGAUGUGAGAAAGGAAAGUAACUUUUAUUCAUCUGAAAACUGCAGCGAAAAUGUAAAAUUGUUGAUGGAUUGGGUGAAUGCUGUCUGUAGUUUUUAUAAUGUCAAGGUAGAAAACUUCACAGUAUCUUUCUCAGAUGGAAGGGUUCUAUGUUAUCUAAUUCAUCAUUAUCAUCCAUGCCAUGUGCCUUUGGAAUCUCUAUGUCAGCACACGACUCAAACAGUAGAAUGCACUAGAAAUGGUACAGUUGCACUGAAUUCAUCAUCAGAGUCUGAUGCUUCUCUAACUCUACUAAAUGAACAUUUUGACCAAACUCUCAGUACUUCAGUGCUUUAUAAAGAGCUACUUGACAAUGAGAAGAAAAACUUCCAACUGAUCAAUGCUGCAGUUUCUCAUCUUGGUGGCGUUCCAGAAAUGAUUCACCAUUCAGACAUGUCUAAUACGAUCCCUGAUGAAAAGGUAGUCAUCAUUUAUUUGUCGUUUCUGUGUUCACGACUUCUAGAACUUUCUAAGGAGAUUCGGGCAGCCCGGCUGAUUCAGUCUACUUGGAGGGAACAUCGAAGGAAAAUAAAACUUGCUCAGAUCAAGCAGCAAACAUUGAAUGCAACAGUUGUACUUCAGAAAUACUGGAGAAGAUGUUUGGCUCAGAUGGAACUUCGGAAAUUAAAAAAAUCAAAACAGGAGGAAACUGAAAAAGCAGUUCGUGAGGUUCUCCAGAAACAGCAUGACGCUGCUGUUGUCCUUCAGUCUUGGUACAGAAUGAAGAAACAAAGGAAAUUUUUCCUAAGGAUGUCUAGUGCUGCUAUAGUUAUUCAGAGAUUUUACCGUACCUACAGAAAGAAAACCUCUCCAAGGCGGAAAUUCUUAGAAGCUACAAAGGCAGCUGUGUGUUUACAAGCAGCCUAUAGGGGUUAUAGACUACGUAAGAUGCUUCGACACCAAAAUAUAGCUGCUAUGAAGAUCCAGGCUGCAUUCAGGGCUUACACUGCUAAAAAGAAAUACCAAGCCUUGAUUCAAGCUUCCUGUGUGAUUCAGAAAGGAUAUAGGGCCUCUAAAACCAGAAGGCAGUUUCUGAAGACAAAAGCAGCUGUGACUUUCUUGCAAGCAGUAGUACGUGGCUGGCAAGUCAGAAAAUGGUUGAAAGAGCAGCAUGCUGCUGCUGUCGUUAUACAGUCUACAUUUAGGAGGCACAGGGCCCUGAAAAGAUACAGGAUCUUGAGAAAUGCUGUUCUCAUACUACAGCAACAUUACAGGGCCAAAAUGUCAAGCAAAAAGCAACAGCAGGAAUACAUAGUGCUUCGUAACAAGAUCAUUCAGCUUCAAGCAGCUUGGAGAGGGAGUCUUGUCAGGAGACAAAUUCAAAAACAACACCAGGCUGCUGGAAUCAUCCAAUGCUUCUAUAGGACACAUGUCAGUCAUCGAAACUUUAAACGUUUGAGAGGAGCUGCUGUCAUAAUUCAGAGAAGGCACCGGUUUGUUGUUCUGGCUCACAGACAAAGGCAGGAAUACCUUGCUCUGAAAGAAGCAACUAUUAAAAUCCAAGCAAUUUACAGAGGUGUGAGAGCAAGGCAAAAGCUGAAACGCCUACAUCAAGCAGCGGUUUGUAUCCAAGCUACGUUUAGGAUGCAUCAGUGUCAUGUUAAGUAUUCAGCUAUGAAACUGUCAGCUACUGUAAUUCAGAGAAGAUACAGAGCUUUUUUCACAGGAAGAAAAGAACGAGAGAAAUAUCUGGAGUUAAGAAAGUCCUGUAUCAUCCUUCAGGCUGCCUACAGAAGUAUGAAAGUUAGGCAGGAGCUGAAAACUCUGCACCAUUCUGCUACUUCUCUUCAGUCAUUUUAUCGAAUGUAUAGGCAACGGAAAUCUUUCCAAACGUUGAUUGCAGCAGCAAAACUGAUUCAGCAGUGGUAUCGUGGUUGCAAAGAUCGAAAUGCUGAGGUGCACAAAUACAUGCAAGUGAAAAUAUCUGUCCUUCGAAUCCAGUCGGGAUUUCGAGGCAUGAAAGUAAGGCUCCAUUUGAAAAGGAUGCAUAUGGCUGCCACUGUCAUUCAAAGGAGAUUUAGAACUUUUCGACAGAGGCAAUGUUUUCUGUCUCUUAAGGCCGCCGCUGUGACAAUUCAGAGGAGAUUCAGAGCCACACUGCUGUCAAAACAGCAACGCAAAGAGUAUCUCCAUCUCUGUAAAGCUGUUGUCAAAAUGCAGUCUGCCUUCCGAGGUCAGCAAGCCAGGAAGUUAGUGAAACAAAUGCAUGCCUCUGCUACUGUUAUCCAGGCAGCUUUUCGAAUGCACAUAUCUUACACUCAGUAUCAAGCUCUGAGGCUUGCUUGCAUUACAAUACAACAGUAUUAUAGAGCAUACAGGAAGACUAAAGAUGUGAGAGAACUGUACUUAAAACAGCACCAGUCUGUCUUAGUCCUUCAAGCUGCCUACAGAGGUAUGAAAUCACGACUUCUCUUGAAGAAGCAGCACAGUGCUGCAACAAUUAUACAGAGUAAUUACCGAAAAUAUACACAACAGUGUUACUACAGAAAGCUGCAGUGGGCAGCCAGAGUUAUUCAGAGAAGAGUCAGAGCCAACAAACUCUGCAAAACUGCAAUCCAGCAAUAUUUCUGUGUUAGGAGAGCCACCAUUUGCAUUCAGAAAGCUUUUCGCAGGAUGAAGGCCAGACAACAUCAAAAAAGGCGACAAGAAGCUGCUGUUGUACUUCAGCGAAGUUUUAAAAUGCAGAGAGAACGUAGAAAGUAUCUCACUCUAAGAGCAGCUACUAUACUCCUUCAGAGACAGUACAGAGCAUUGAUUUUAGCAAGGAGACAGACCCAAGAAUGCAAUUCUGUUAGUGCAGCAGUUUGCAUCCAAUCUUUCUAUAGAGGAUUUAGAGUAAGGAAGGAAGUUGAGUGCAUGCAUUUUGCAGCAAGGGUGAUCCAGGCAUCAUUCAGAAUGCAUAGAACUAGACUCUCAUACCAGAGGCUGAGAAAGGCAGCUGUCACCAUACAGAAUUACUACCGAUCUUACCUAAAAGGGAAACAUCAGCAAAAAGCAUACCUGGCUAUUCGGAGAUCUGCUAUAGUUCUACAGGCUGCUUACAGAGGUGUGAGAACACGACAAGAACUGAAAGCCAUGCAUAGUUCGGCCAUUGUCAUUCAGUCUUUUUAUCGCAUGCACGUGCAACGCAAACAUUACAAGUCAAUAUGCUGGGCUGUGAUAACUAUCCAGUCCACCUAUCGUGGUGCAAUAGGACGCAGAAAGGCAAAGAGGGUGCAUGCUACAAAGAUUCAAUCUCUUUGUAAGGUUACACAGACAGAUCAGCUUUCCACUGAAGCUCUGAUAUUGCGGAGGAUGCAUAUAGUACAGUAUCAGAAACAUUGGGAGGCUGCACUUUUAACACAACAGUAUCACCAAUCUUACUUGACUAUGAAAUAUGAGAGAGCAGCUUAUCUACAAACUCUGAAGAAUAUCAUAGUUCUGCAAGCGGCUAUUCGGGGCUUCCUUGAACGCCAAAGGCUUCACAGAAUGAAAAGAAGUAUAAUAAAAAUUCAGGCUUUGUUUCGGGGGUAUAAAGCUAGACUGUUGGCCAAAGAAAUGAUGGCAGCACAGAAUCCAGAUGUGGUUGCACAACCGUGUUUUCACAGACACAGAACAAUAAAAGAAGGCGGAGCUGUUGAAAGAGCUGCCAUUGUGAUUCAAGGUUACCACAGAACUAAGCAACAGAGGAUAUGGUUUUUGAGAAUGAAAGCUGCCGCGAUUGUAAUCCAGAGAAAAUGGAGAGCAACCAUAGCAGCAAAAAGAAGUCGACAAAGAUUCCUGGCAGUCAAGACAGCUGUAAUACUAAUUCAGGCUGCAUAUAGAGGACACAGUACUAGAACACAGUAUAAAAAGAGACAGUGCAGACUUCACAAUUUUACAACUGCUGCAUCUCGCCAUCUUGCUGCUAUUAGAAUUCAAAGAGCUUACAGAAUUCAUCUUCAGUCGAAACGAGCACAAGUGCAACUUUCUUCUGUUUUGUAUAUUCAGCGGUGGUAUCGGGCCAAACUGCAGAGAAGAAAGUAUCUAAAGUAUCGUGAAAAAAUUAUUAAAAUCCAGAGAAUGGUGAGGAGAUGGAUGAGCUACAAAAAUAAAUCUACAUGUGCAAUUAAAAAAGACAUGAGGCAAGCAACACUGGACAAUGGAAUAAUCAAAUUUCAGGCAUUGUGGAGAGGGUACUCGUGGAGGAAGAAGACGGACACUGCAGAAACCCGAGCUCUGCGAGAUAGCUUGGUGAUUGCCAACAAAGAAAGCAAAGAGGAGAAAAAGCUGUGUAACAGAACUACACUGGCUGUUCACCGCCUUCUCAAAUAUAAGCAUUUCUCUUACAUUCUGGCAGCUUUAAAAGAUCUGGAGGUUGUAACCAGGCUAUCUCCUGUGUGUUGUGAAAGCAUGGCACAGACCGAAGCCGUUUCCACUAUUUUUACUUUGAUACGAAGUUGCAAUCGGAGUGUUCCAUGCAUGGAUGUUAUCAGAUACUCUGUUCAAGUCCUGCUCAAUUUAUCAAAGUAUAACAAGACGAUUGACACUGUUUACACUGUGGAAAGGUGUGUGGAAACUCUGUUGGACUUGCUUCAAAUGUACAGAGAGCGAGCUGGUGACAAAAUUUCAGAAAAGGGUGGAAGCAUUUUUACCAAGACAUGCUGCCUGUUUGCACUUCUUUCAGAAGAUUCAAGAAGAGCUUCUGAGAUUCGAAGCAACCCUCAAGUAGUUGCUCGCCUUCGGAGCCUGUACAGACUCAUACUCCGCAAACAUCGAAUGGAUGCCCAGAGGAAUCUUGCCAGACAAAAAUCAGCUGCAUACAUAAAUGGGCAUUGCUCUGAGCCAGUCUCCACAUCAAGAAAAAAAGUGGUUUCGAGACAAAGGCCAGCCUGGAUUUUGAGGAAAGAUAACUUUCAAGAGAUCAUUGAUCCGCUGCAAGCUAUCGAAAUGGUGACGGACACUCUUGGAAUUUCUUGCAACUAAUGCUUAAUAAUCUAAAAAAAAAAAAAGACAAUGUAAAAAAAAGACUUUACAGUUGCUUAUACAUCAUUGUACUCAUCAAAAUACAGCAAAGAAGGCUUUCUAAGAAUAGGUUAGCUUAUGCUGUGGGUAAGAGGCCUCAUUUUCUGUAAAUAUGCUUAAAUCUUAACCUUUUUAAACCUUUUUAAAAUCUAAACCUUUUUUAAAAAAUAUGUAAUAAAUUUAGACAAAAUUAUGUUGACCAUUGA